GUGGCUCUCUUGCUCUUUAGUGGCGGUAGCGGUGUGUGUUUGGUGAAUGCCGUGAUUAUAGCAAUGAAACCCAGGGCUCGGUACUGUUCUUGGAAGGGGCGUCCCUUCUCUCCUCUCCCGGGCGGUUUGUGUGAUUUUGCUAAAAUGCAUCACCAACAGCGAAUGGCUGCCUUAGGGACGGACAAAGAACUGAGUGAUUUACUGGAUUUCAGUGCGAUGUUUUCACCUCCUGUGAGCAGUGGGAAAAAUGGACCAACUUCUUUGGCAAGUGGACAUUUUACUGGCUCAAAUGUAGAAGACAGAACUAGCUCAGGGUCCUGGGGGAAUGGAGGACAUCCUAGUCCGUCCAGGAACUAUGGAGAUGGGACUCACUAUGAUCACAUGGCAAGCAGGGACCUUGGGUCACAUGACAAUCUCUCUCCUCCUUUUGUCAAUUCCAGAAUACAAAGUAAAACUGAAAGGGGGUCAUAUUCAUCAUAUGGAAGAGACUCAAAUUUACAGGGUUGCCACCAGCAAAGUCUCCUUGGAGGUGACAUGGAUAUUGGCAACCCAGGAGCUCUCUCACCCACCAAACCUGGCUCUCAGUACUAUCAGUAUUCUAGCAAUAACCCCCGAAGGAGGCCUCUUCACAGUACUUCUAUGGAAGUACAAACAAAGAAAGUUCGAAAAGUUCCUCCAGGUUUACCAUCAUCAGUUUAUGCCCCGUCAGCAAGCACUGCUGAUUACAAUAGGGAUUCACCAGGUUAUCCAUCCUCAAAACCAGCAGCCAGCACUUUUCCUAGCUCCUUCUUCAUGCAAGAUGGUCAUCACAGCAGUGACCCAUGGAGCUCCUCCAGUGGGAUGAAUCAGCCUGGUUAUGGAGGAAUGUUGGGCAAUUCUUCUCAUAUUCCACAGUCUAGCAGCUACUGCAGCCUGCAUCCACAUGACCGUUUGAGCUACCCUUCACACUCCUCAGCAGACAUCAAUUCCAGUCUUCCUCCGAUGUCCACUUUCCACCGUAGUGGUACAAAUCAUUACAAUGCUUCUUCCUGCACGCCACCUGCUAAUGGAACAGACAGUAUAAUGGCAAACAGAGGAAGUGGGGCAGCAGGCAGCUCACAGACUGGUGAUGCACUGGGGAAAGCACUUGCCUCUAUCUAUUCUCCAGAUCACACCAACAACAGCUUUUCAUCAAAUCCUUCAACUCCUGUUGGUUCUCCCCCUUCUCUCUCAGCAGGCACAGCUGUUUGGUCUAGAAAUGGAGGGCAAGCAUCAUCAUCUCCCAAUUAUGAAGGUCCCUUACACUCUUUGCAAAGCCGGAUUGAAGACCGUUUGGAAAGACUGGACGAUGCUAUUCAUGUUCUCCGGAACCACGCAGUGGGGCCUUCAACAGCCAUGCCUGGUAGUCAUAGCGACAUGCAUGGAUUAAUAGGGCCUUCUCACAAUGGAGCAAUGGGAGGUCUUGGGUCAGGAUAUGGGACAGGCCUUCUUUCAGCCAAUAGACAUUCACUAAUGGUUGGAGCUCAUCGUGAAGAUGGUGGUCGUGGCAGCCAUUCGCUUGUGCCAAAUCAGGUUCCAGUUCCACAGUUGCCAGUUCAGUCUGCUACUUCCCCUGAUUUAAAUCCACCCCAAGAUCCAUACAGGGGUAUGCCAACUGGACUGCAAGGGCAGAGUGUAUCUUCAGGCAGCUCUGAAAUCAAAUCUGAUGACGAGGGAGAUGAAAACCUCCAGGACACAAAGUCUUCUGAGGACAAGAAACUAGACGAUGACAAGAAGGAUAUCAAAUCAAUUACUAGGUCAAGAUCUAGCAAUAAUGACGAUGAAGACCUUACACCAGAGCAGAAGGCAGAGCGAGAGAAGGAAAGGAGAAUGGCCAACAAUGCUCGUGAGCGCCUACGUGUGCGUGACAUUAAUGAGGCUUUCAAGGAGUUGGGCCGGAUGGUACAACUCCAUCUGAAGAGUGACAAGCCCCAAACCAAACUCCUGAUUCUACACCAGGCUGUGGCUGUCAUCCUCAGCUUAGAACAGCAAGUCAGAGAAAGGAAUCUGAACCCUAAAGCAGCAUGUCUGAAAAGAAGGGAAGAAGAGAAAGUAUCUUCAGAUCCCCCUCCACUUUCCUUGGCAGGACCCCAUCCUGGGAUGGGAGAUGCAUCCAACCAUAUGGGACAGAUGUAAAAAGGUCCAAGUUGCCACAUUUCUUCAUUUAAACAAGAGACCACUUCCUUAACAGCUGUAUUAUCUUAAUCCCACAUAAACACUUCUCCUUAACCCCUUUUUUGUAAUAUAAGACAAGUCUGAGUAGUUAAGAAUCACAGACGCAAGAGAUUUCAGCAUUCCCGAUUAUUAAACAAAAGCAAAAAGUGCAACUUGAGGGAUGACUCUCUUUAACAUAUCAUUCAGAAUGUUUAAAGCAGUAUGUUACGAGCUGUAAAUGCACAGCCUAGAGACUGAAUGGCAAUCUUCUCCACACUGUGGGACAAUGCAUUUGUGCCUAAACUUCUUUUGGAAAAAAAAUAUAAUUAAUUUGUAAGUCUGAAAAAAAAUAUUUAAUUUAAAAUUGUAAACUUGCAAUAAUGAAAAAGUGUACUUCUGAAGAAAAAAACGAACGUUUUUGUUGGUGUGCUAGACAGCUAGUGUUUAUACUUACUGGAUAUUAAAAGGGAAGCUUUGCUGCCCAGAUAUUUACAAAACCAGCAAACGUCCUAAUGAAAACUGAAGUGAUGACAUUAGCCAUUCCUUAGGGUAGGAGGAACAGAUGGAUCUUAUAGACCUAUGACAAAUAUAUAUAUAUAAAUAUAUAUAUAAAUAUAUAUUAAAAAUUUAGUGAAUAUGGUAAGCUUUUGUUCAUUUGUUUCAGACUUUUUUGCUCCUGUAAAAAAAUAGUACUGAUUAACUUUUUUAAAAAGAUUUUACUGUAAAUAAGGAUUUUUUGGUCUUAUUUCUGUCCCACUCCCCUGUUUUUGUUAUUGUAACCUGUAGUGCCAACUCUGUCUCUGGAGGGGUAGUGCAGGCUGAAAUGCUGACCCUGACGUUGCUUCUCAUCAUAAGUAGGUAGAGAGUUGUUUCUCCAGUCUUUUAGGAACACAGGACUUUAAAGUCGCAUCAUGUGUAGAUAUUACAGGCUUCAUUACUGAGACGUGGCAAAAUGAGUUUGUCUGAAUCGUAAUGUUGCUCUUGUUGACCCUAUUUUGGGAUUUUCAGAGGUACAAGGUUAGAAUGCUACAAUGUUACCACUGUGCCUUCCAAUGUUUAUAUCAUCAGAAACAUUACAUAAUCAAAGUGGCUGUGAUUUAACAAACCAGUUAAAGUGUUACCUAUGUGUGUAGCCUAAAUAGUGUGCAGUGAGGCGUUUCUGAAUACACGGUCAGAUUUUUUGGGGGGGAAAACCAUCAAUUGGGAAAAUUGCAAGCAGUGUGACAGAUUUGAUUGGACUUUCGUUUUUCAUUCUUUUCUUGUUUUCAAGUGGAUUACUUAAAUGUAGACCACUUGCUGCCUCCUCCUUCAUUUGAAAAAUGCCAAUAUUCAGUCAUCAUGCAACAUUAUAACAAGCCUUAUGAGUCCUAAAGCAUUAAGUUGCACUUUCUUGAGGAGGGGGUGGGUGGGUAGUACAGUAUUUCUCUGGCCAGUAUGAAUGAAGUUUUUACUUAACAUAUUUAAUAGUAACAUAGAUCAAACUAUGGCACAGCAACUCAUCAGACAACUAGCUUUGAAGUCUGGGCACAACUGAACCAACUUCCAUAGUGAAUCUUAUAAUGAUUGACUUUGGUGUACAGUACAAUUAACAGAUAGUGCUCCUAGUUAAAUAUUUGUCAGCAUCUUUUUGUCUCUAAUUCUAGUUUCUAUUUUUACAGCCACACAAUCCUGGCAUGUAUUUUAAAUAAAAUCUCCCUGUUCAAGUAGAUUUUCCACCUAUCAGCACUGAGUAAAUGCCAUAAAUCCAUCAAAAUGGUCUAAAUGUUCCAUCUGUUCUCCUGUUUUGCCAGUUAUAUAGUAAUGAAAAAUACAUUUGUAAAUUUUAUGCAACAAAUGGCAAACGUAUCAUUAUUUUGAAAUUGUGUAUGUAAAAGUUAUAUUUUUACAUGUAGACUCUUGUUAUUAUGUGUUUUAAUACAUUGUAUCAGUUUUUUGUUUAAAAACAAUCUGUGUGGUUGAAAAAAGUCUCAUUUAAAUGAAAUAGUGAGAUACAAGAAUCUGAAUUUUAUGUUUGUUUCUGAAAACGUAAAGAACAAAUAUGAUAGUUAACAUGUGAUCACCUUCUACAUACCCAUAAACAUUUUGAUUAGCUGUGUGCGUGUUGAAAUCUGUAAAUAUGUUCGGUAGUGGGAAAAUUUUAAAUGCUUUCAUUUGUUGAUAAGUUUCUCAAAUGUGGAGGUGGAUUACAUCAUUAGGUAUACACAAUAGAGCAGCAGGCACAAGGGUUAAUUCAGAAUUACAAAUGAAUAUUAUUUUAAAAAUGCUGGUCUUUUAACAGGCCUGGUUUAUUUGAAAAUGGGUGUGAUAAAGAUUAAUCUCACUAAUUGUUAAUGAUAACUAUGCUUUUGAGUGCUGGUAUCCUCAAGGUUUCUCUUUAUCAGUAUCAUAUGCAUUGAUACUGUCUAUGAUAUGAAGAGUGAAACAACAAUGAACAAACCAUAUUUUUGCAGGAAAAUUAUAACGCAACAGAUCAUAUUCGCUUUUAUCUAUAUGUGUACACAUCAGGUUUAGGGAAUGAAAAUAGCCCUUUGACUAUUGGAGAAUUUUAAGAGCUUUGCUUCUAAUAACUAUUAUCAGAAAAUGCAUUAUAAAACCAAAUUAAUGUUUACUCUUAAAAAAUCUGAACAAAAAUAAACGUUUGCCUUUAUUGACAGUUUUAACAAAAAUUGGAGUGGGGUUUUCUGUGUAUUUUUUGUCUUUACAUUUGUCUCACUCCAGUUGAGUAGACGUUACAGUUUUUACCCACCAGCUUUGGUGAACUGUAUCACUCAAUAAGGUGAUUUUAUAGCAGACUUCCCUUUUAGGAAUAAAAUAGCCUUUGAAAGGUA